CGCAUAGUGCAAGUUUACCAAGCAAUCAUAGUGCAAUUGCGGGCAAAGUGACACAUAGCAGACUGAAUGGUAAAAGGCGGUGAAUUCAGGUUUCACGAUUGCCUUCUACAGCGGAAUGUUCACUCGAAGGGGCUAUGGCGACGUCAAGAAAUCUACACAGAAAGUUCUGGACCCAAAGAAGGAUGUUUUAACGCGGCUAAAGCAUCUUCGUUCACUACUAGAUAUCACUGAGAAGAGUGAACUGAAGACAUUCUUUGAAAGCAACUGCUCGCAGAUUUAUUUUAUCUUCUAUGAAAAUUUCAUUACACUGGAAAGUAACUUAAAACAAAAAGGGAACAAAUCGCAACGGGAGGAGCUGGACUCUAUCCUGUUUAUUUUUGAAAAAAUUCUUCAACUCCUACCCGAAGAAAUCCGCAGUCGAUGGCAGUUUCACAGUAUAGGUUCUAUUCUCAAGAAACUUUUGCACACUGGAAACUCUUUUAAGAUUCGCUGUGAGGGGAUCCGUCUUUUCCUGCUGUGGCUGCAGGCGCUGCAGACGAACUGUGGCGAGGAGCAGCUCCUCAUCUUCGCCUGUCUGGUGCCGGGCUUCCCUGCCGUCUCCUCUUCACGAGGGCCCUGCACACUGGACACCAUCAUCUACAACCCCUUCUCCAACCCCCCCGAUGCCAAGGUCGUGCCUGAAGAGAUCACACCACUGGUGCCCGCCACUCCUGGGGAGAAAGUAGCUGAUGACCAGACGUGCUAUGUCCUGCAAAUAGUCCUCAAGUUCAUGGUUGUCCAGGCGUCUAGUUUGGAGUGGAAGAACCGAGAUAACCAAGAUUCGGGUUUCCGGUUUCUCUUCUCCCUCUUCAAGAAGUACUACCUGCCGCACCUCUUCCCCUCCUUUACCAAGCUCACCAACCUCUACAAGCCUUUACUAGACCUGCCGCACCACCGACCAAAGCCGCUGUACGUUCCGGUGACGCGGAACAAUGAGAGCACGUUCUGCACGCGCGACCAGUACCUGGCCCCCCGCGUGGCCUUCAUCACCUGGCUGGUCAACUUCUUCCUGGAGAAGAAGUACGUCAGCUCGGCGCCGCCCACCACCAAGAACGGCGGCGAGGUCCUCCCCAAGCUCAUCCAGACCGUGACUGCGGGCAGUGUCGGUCAGGAGCGCGGCGGCUCCAUCUCGGAGACGCUGGAGUCCAACGGGCCGAUGAGCGUGGGCAGCGAGCCGGAGAAGAGCCACUCCAACAGCAGCACGCUGACGGAGCGGCGGGCCAGCAGCUCCAGCCUGUGCAGCGUGGAGGAGGAGCACCGCGCCGUCUACGACAUGGUGCACGCCAUCCUGCUGUCCACGCGCGACAACGUCAACUUCGUCAACGAGGUCUUCCACCAGGCCUUCCUGCUGCCGUCGUGCGAGGUCUCCGCCAUCCGCAAGGUCAUCAAGGUGUACAGGAAGUGGAUCCUGCAGGAGAAGCCGGCCUUCAUGACGGAGCCGGACAAGACGGUCCAGGAGGACGAGACGGACCUGAGCCCCAUCAUGACGGAGACGGACAUCACGCACACACAGAUGCUGGAGAGUCACGGGCACAAGCGCUCGUCCAGCUGGGGCCGCUCCUACUCCUUCAGCAACGCCAUCAACCGCGGCUCCCUGACCGAGGAGCUCAACCACAACAUCAAGGCUGGCAUCCAGCCCACGCUACAGGUGUUUCUGACUAACUCGGCGAAUGUGUUUCUGCUGGAGCCGUGCCACGACGUGCCCAAGCUGCUGGACAACCAGGUGGAGGUGUGCAGAGCCGUGCUCAGCAUCUACCGCCACAUGAUCAUGGAGCUGAGCAUGAACAAGGAGACCUGGGAGCAGAUGCUGCAGGUGCUGCUGCGGAUCACUGAAGCUGUGAUGAAGAGGCCUCAGGAGGGAGAGAAGAGGGACGUCUUCGCUCAGAACCUCGCCGGCGUUCUCUUCAGGACCAUCAUCGUGGCCUGGGUGAGGGCGAACCUGAGCGUGUUCAUCUCGCGGGAGCUGUGGGACGAGCUGUUGCGUGUGCUGUCCUCGCUCAGCCACUGGGAGGAGCUGGUGAGCGAGUGGGCCAGCAUCAUGGACUCCUUGACUGUGGUGCUGGCCCGCUGCGUCUACGGCCUGGACCUCAACAACCUGCCCCUGGACAAGCUCUCGGAGCAGAAGGAGAAGAAGCAGAGGGGCAGAGGCGUGAUUGCGGAUGCCCAGAAGGCGGCGGCGGUGGCGCGCUCCUUCUCCCUGAGCUGGAGGGGGAACGGGGAGCAGCAGCCCACGCAGGAGCCCAUGAGGUUCCGCAGCGCCACCACCACCGGCGCGCCCGGCGUGGAGAAGGCCCGCAACAACGUGCGCCAGAAGGCCUCGGACCUUGAGGAGUGCCAGGUGGCGGAGAGUGGGGGGGAGGUGGAGGGCGAGCCGGAGAGCCCUCUCCUGCGUAGCAGCAGCACGUCGGACAUCACGCAGCAGCUCACCGACUCCUUCCCAGGUCAGCGGAGAGAGGACUCCCCCAACAUGGGCAGUGCUGACGGCAGGACCUCGGUGUCGGAGAGCGGCUCCACGGGCAGGAGAGACAGCGGCCCUCCCGCCAUUCUGAUUCGUCGGAGCAGCACUCCAUCUGAUCAAGAGCACUCAGAGACGCAGCCCGCCUACAUGAGGACUAAACUGCGGGAAAAAAGCGAGAGCAUGAGCAGCGAGACGUCCAACGGCUAUCUCAACGACGCCGACGCCAGCCUGCUGGCCUGGCAGACCUUCGAGGAGGAGCCGCCGGACUCGCCUCCGCCCAACGACCUGAACUCCGACGCCGACCACCAGCGCAGCCUCCUGCUCAGCCACACGGAGGCGCUAGCAGGUUCCGAGUGCCCCCCUCCCCCCCAUUCCCCACGUCCCCCCGCCUCACCGGCUUUGCUGGUGCCCACCGGUUACCGUGACGGCACCCAGCUGCUGGAAGACGCCAUGCAAACCGUCCUGCACAUGCCAGAGGACCUGGACAGCAGUGAGUUCUUGGCGGACGACGUCAGCAUCAUCGCGGGGGGCAGUCUGACUGGGUGGCAUGCUGACUCCGCCUUCGUCCUCUGGAGGAGGAUCCUGGGAAUCCUCGGCGAUGUCAAUGCCAUCCAGUGUCCCCGCAUCCACGCCAAGGUGUUCAGCUAUCUCUACGACCUUUGGCACAAGCUGGCAAAGAUCAGAGACAACCUGGGCAUCAGCGUGGACAACCAGUCCUCUCUCCCUCAGCCUGUCUUCAUCCCCCCUCUCCGCAUGCUGGCCUCAUGGCUGUUCAAGGCCACCAUGUUGCCAUGGGAGUUCAAGGAGGGGAAGCUGCAGGCCUACAGACUCAUCUGUGAGCUGAUGACCAAGCACCAGGACGUGCUUCCCAACAGAGAGUUCCUGGUGCACCUCUACCACGUCAUGCACAAGGGCUUCAACAGCAACGACCAGGAUGUGCUGAACACUGUGAUCAGGUGGUGCUCGCCGCGCUUCUUCUUCCUGGGUCUGCCCGGGCUUACCAUGCUGGUGGGCGACUUCAUCACGGCCGCUGCUCGCGUCCUCAGCACCGACUCGUUCGAGGCUCCUCGGAUUGAAGCGCAGACCGUCCUGGGCUCGCUGGUGUGCUUCCCCAACCUCUACCGCCAGAUCCCCUCGCUCAUGUCCACCCCAGGGUCAGACGAUAUAGAGGUCGGCAAGGAGGACAUUAAGGAGUUUCUGGUGAACGUUUUGCUGACAACGGCACGCAGUGAGCUGAGUGAAGGAGCCAGGUGUAUCGCCAUCUGUAGCUUGGGCAUCUGGGUUUGUGAAGAGCUCGUACAACAGAACAUCCCCCAUCAGGUCAAAGAUGCCAUCAACGUCCUCGGGGUCACGCUGAAGUUUGGGAAUAAGGCGGUGGCCCAGGUGGCCUGCGACGUGUUCCAGCUCCUCAUCAGCCACUGGCAGCAUCUCCAGAGACUGGAGGAGUCACUCCCAAAGAGAAUCAUCGAGAUCUUUGUGGCCACCAUAGCUUUCCUCCUGCCCAGUGCAGAGCAUUCGACAGUGGAGGCAGACAAAAAGUUGAUGGUGUCGUUGCUGUUGUGCCUGCUGGACUGGUGCAUGGCCGUCCCCCUGGUCACUCUGCUGGAGCCCAUCACCAUGCCUGUCCUGGAUGACCCCGCGUCCCACAAGACCCCUCUGCUGGAUUACAUCUACAGGGUGCUCCACUGCUGUGUGUCGGGGUCCAAUCUUCACACCCAGCAGAGCCACUACCUCCUGAGCCUGGCGGACCUGUCCACGGACUACGACCCCUUCCUCUCGCUGGGGCAGGUGAGGAGCACGGACGCCCCGCCACCGCACUCCGCCGCCGGAGACUUCGGCAAUCUGCUCACCGUGGCUGAAGAGAAGAAGAGGCGGAACAUGGAGCUGAUCCCGCUGACUGCCCGAAUGAUCAUGACGCACCUUGUGAACCACUUGGGCCACCAUCCGCUCAGCGGUGGCCCUGCACUAUUACACAGCCUCAUCAAUGAAAACCAUGACAACCCCUACGUGGAAUCCUCCGAACUGUCCUCCGAGGUUUUCAAGAGCCCCAACCUGCAGCUCUUUGUUUUCAACGACAGCACGUUAGUGUCAUACCUACAGAUACCCUCUGAAGGCUCGUCCGCAGUGCCUGGCAUCAACAGUCACCCAAGGGACCACUCUGCACCCUCUUCUGAAGUCCGUGUCAUUGUGCGAGACAUAUCAGGAAAGUACUCUUGGGACGGUGGGGUCCUCUACCGAACUUUUGAGGGACACGUCCCACACGGUGGCGGCGGAGAUGAUCCUGCCGACCACGCCAACAUCUCUGCUCCGCUUCCCACAAAACAGACCUCGCAGGGCGAGCCUUCGCCGUGGGCGUCUGAGAUGGGGGAUGAGGAGGAUGAUGAUGAUGAGGAUGAAGGCGUGGACGUGUUGGACCAGCUCCUGGAGGAGCUUGGCCUCAGCAGCCCCGAGUGCCUGCCCCAGCCUCGGCUGAAGCUCACCCAGCCUGCCCCCUCGCCCCUCGGCAUGAACCUGGAGCAAGAGGCUUCCAUCAUGGAGGCUAUUCAGCAGCAGACGCUACAGGAGGACGAGGAGCUGGCCAGAAGAACAUGUGGAGAUCCCAGCAUCAAAGCUGCUCGUCAGAAAGAGCCUACGUACCAGGAGCCCAAAGCUCCCUUUUAUUUCUGCAGAUUGCUACUGAAUGACCUUGGCAUGAACUCCUGGGACCGCAGGAAAAGCUUUCAUCUCCUGAAGAAGAACUCCAAGCUCUUAAGGGAACUUAAGAAUUUGGAUUCAAGGCAGUGUCGAGAGACGCACAAGAUUGCCGUCUUCUACAUCGGCGAAGGACAAGAGGACAAGUGCUCCAUACUGUCCAAUAACGAGGGCAGCCAGGCGUACGAGGACUUUGUGUCUGGACUGGGUUGGGAGGUGGACCUGGCGACGCACUGCGGUUUCAUGGGGGGCCUCCAGCGGAACGGCAGCACGGGUCAGACGGCGCCCUACUACGCUACCUCCAACGUGGAGGUCAUCUUCCACGUCUCCACCCGCAUGCCGUCGGACAGCGAGGACUCGCUCACCAAAAAGCUUCGUCACCUGGGAAACGACGAGGUCCACAUUGUAUGGUCGGAGCAUACCAGGGACUACCGGCGUGGAAUCAUCCCCACCGACUUUGGAGACGUGCUCAUCGUAAUCUACCCAAUGAAGAACCACAUGUUCUUCAUCCAGAUUAUCAAGAAACCGCAGAUUCCGUUUUUCGGGCCUCUGUUUGACGGCGCCAUCGUCACGGGAACGCUGCUGCCCAGCCUGGUGCGUGCCACGUGUAUCAACGGCAGCCGAGCGGUGAAGUCCCGACUCAUGCUGUACCAGAGCUUCUAUGAGGAGCGGGCGCUGUACCUGGAGGCCAUCAUCCAGAACCAUCGAGAGGUCAUGACCUUUGAGGACUUUGCCUCCCAGGUGUUCUCCCCAUCGCCCAUGUACUAUUCAAUGAGUACCACAGGAUCCCUGAGUGGCAGCACCAGCGCUGAGCUGCCCAUCUCCACGGCAACCGCCGCCGCCGACUCCACCGACCAGGUCUCCCCGACGAUGCCCCGUGCCACCAAGCACCGAGUGUCCGGCAAACUCCGCCGCUCCGCCAGCGCCAUCAGCAAGUCCUCCAACUGAUGCCCGUACUGUCCCGAACGCACCCGCACCCCCCGUGCCCCCCCCACGCCCCCCAAACCCCCCCGUCACUGUCCCGUCCUGCCAAUGACCUCAACCAUCAUCAAGGCUGCAAUGUUCAGUUUUAGAGUGAAAAUAUUGAUAAUAAUGUGUUCUACUUUGGGUUUUUUUGUUCCGUUUUAUUUUUUUGUUUUUGUUUUUUUUGUUUUUUCUUGUUGUUGUUCUACACUGGUCACAAGUAACUGGAAAUGAUGAAUGGUUGAGGCUGUCGUGGUUCGGCUUCUGGUGCCCGUGGGGUAGACGAGGUUUUACUGCUAUCACACUAAUGUGAGUGGAUGGAGAGGAGCAUGCGAAAGAGACUUCUUUUUUAUUAUGAUUCAGAUCACAUGAACGAUGAUGAUAAAUUGAAAUACUGCAAACGAAUCAUGUCAGAGAAAGAAGAUACGGGGAGAACUAUGGGAAUAUCUGCUUGGUACCAUUGUGUGUGUGUGUGUUGUGAAUGUGAAUGUGUCUCUGAGCAAGAUAAUACUUGGCCGACAUACCAGGAAUUGAAUUGAUCUACAGUAUGUAGGUCACCAAGACUGUCCCUGUUAAUCUCGGGGUGAGCUUAAAUUAUUUUGCAAUGGGCCAAUCCAGAUGUUGCCAGCUUUAUGAAAUGGUCAUCAUGUAGCAUGACGUGUACUUAUCCAGGUCUUCUGGAAAGUCAAUGAAGUUGUCCAGCUCAAUGCUGAAGUCUACCACAGAGGAGAAAUCACUAAUUAAUUGAAAUUAAUCUUGUUUCAGUUUAUGCUGUCAUUUACUAUUUUAGUUGAAUUACAUUAAUUGUUAUCACUUUUAUCACAAUUUUUCGCUGCCAAUUUCAUGCUUUUUGUUUUUGCUGCAAGGAAAAAUAUUAUGAGUGCAAAUAUCAGAAUUUUUUGUGUGGAGUUACGAAGGAAAUUAAAUCUUUGUUCAAAAUGUACAUUUAAAUUAUGUAAACUUGUCUAUUCCAUUGUCUCAUGUGAUAUCUGCUCGACAUUCCAAUGUUUUCAGAAGAGUGGACAAUAAUGUAGGAUAUACAAGAUGUCUGUCCUUACUGUGUUGUCUCUCUCUUUCUCAAAUGUACAUUGCUUUAAAUUUUAUCUGAUGAUUUUUUUUUUUAUUUGUUUCUUGUUGUACAUACACAGAGUAAUAUUUGCUGACGUUAUUGCCAUUUAAAUAGAUGUACAUGAGCUGACUAGAAGUAAUCGCCACUGGAGCCUCAGGUGAUACUUAACUCCGUGCGUGCACUGGUGUGUGUGUGUGUGUGUGUGUGUGUGUGUGUGUGUGUGUGUCUGUAUGUGUGUGUGUGUGUCUGUCUGUCUGUCUGUCUGUCUGUCUGGGGGUGUGUGUAUGUGAGAGAGAGACGGACCUUACCAGAGGUAAAUGUGUAAUACCUGUCCACCCCAAUGCCUCCUGCACCGUCGUUCGUUCAGCUCUUCAGCAGCGGCCAUUUUAUUUUGUUCCCCUUUAUUAAAUCCGUACACUUGACCAGCACACGCAGAGAGCUGCCUCUGAAGGUCAUUCUCUCAUCUUAGUAAAUUAGAGAGAGAGAGAGAUAGAGAGAGAGAGGGAGAGAUAGAGAGAGGGAGAUGUGAAACAGAAAGCUAAAAUGAGCUCCGUCCCCCCCCCCCCCUCCCCCAACAAAGGCCCCCUCUGCUCGGCAGCUACUUGUGAUCUCUGCAAACAUUUCCUGCGAGCAGAUGGAGUGGCUUUUGGAAUGCCCCUUGCGUUUUUCCAGGAGUCCCUCCGUUCUGAUUUGAUGCUGAAUUGGAAUGAAAGCACACCUGCUCCACGUCGCUGCGCUCGCCGCUCUCCCGAUGCCCUUACCAUGCCAACAGGGGGGUCGGAGGACAUGCCAGCGCUGAGCUCUCCGUGUCCUCCUAGCAACCGGCACGCUGGCGCUGCCAGUGGACCCCCCCCCCCUCACCCCUGCACACACACACACACACACACACACCCCACCCCUGCACACACACACACACACACCCCUUCACACACACCCCACCCCUGCACACACACACACACACACCACCCCUGCACACACACACACACACACACACACACACCUAUUCCCCCGGUGACCCAAGCCAGCAGGGAGGUUGUCAUGGUGGCCAGGUGUUACACACUCUGUAAGCUCCACCCGAGCUGCAACUCCACACAUGUUGCACUAAUAUGCCUUACCUGAUCAUCUCUUCUUUCUGUUGGUGGUGUGCGUGUGUGUGUGUGUGUGUAUGGGUUUUUUUUUUCUUUUUUUAAUCUUUGCCUCUUCUGUCAUGUUUUCGUGUUUUGCUGUGUCCAUUUUCUUUUCCAAGCACUGAUAAAAUCACAUAGGAGGCAUGCUCUAUAUGUCCGAUCUGAAGGAACCUUUAUUUUGUUGUUGUUGUUGUUAAUGUUGUUGAUGUUGUUGUUGUUGUCCGUUUGAGGAAUGUAUGCAAAUAAUGAACCCAGAUCAGUCCGACAUUUCACCCACCUUGCAACAGCCACUCAGAAGACAGCACUCUUCUUAUUGCCGGCCGAUGUUCCUACCGAGUGUUGACGUGAACUUUCAAGAAGUCUGACAGGUUUGGAUCACGGUGGUGGUGGUUGUUAAAGGUGACUCGGUCCAGACCUGGAAAGUGUCUUAACUUCAACUGGCUUUACUGAUGUGAAGUGACAGAGCUAGUGUUCAUUGUUGAUAUUUGGACUAGGAACCCUGUACAGCGUGUCUUUUGGGAGGGUUGUCAUCCUAAAGGAUAUAAAUAUAUUAAUGCUUGUAAUAUAAUCUUUGUAAAAGAGGGAGUGGGGGGAGUUGAAGAUUUCAUCAUCACUUGUUAACAUAUCAAACUUUUUAAUGAGAAAAAAAAAUCUUGUUCUCUUUAUUAGAAAUGUGAAAAUUUCAAACAUUUCAUUAAAUCAAUUUGAAAUUCA